UCGUCGCAGAAUUUCACGGGCGCGGAUUUGCGAUUCGCCAAGCUUCGAGGGGCGAACUUGCGCGGCGCGUACAUGAUGAAGAUGGUCGCGCCGGAGGUCGACUUCACGGGGGCGGACAUGAGCGAUGCCCUCAUGGAUCGCGCGGUGCUCGUCAAGGCUAACUUCACGAACGCCAUAUUGAAUCGCGUCGUGCUGACGUCGUCGGAUUUGGAGGGCGCGAUCGUGGAGAACGCGGAUUUCACCGACGCGUUGCUCGACGUCAAGACGCAGCAGGCGUUGUGCAAAACGGCGUCGGGGAAGAACCCGGAGACGGGGGUUUCGACGCGCGUGUCGCUCGGCUGC